AGUUGAAGUUAAUAAUCAUGAUCAUCUAGUAGUAUUAAGAAAAAGCACUGCUAUUAUGGCAUCAACACUAUCAUUAACCAAAUCAUUAAUUAAAAGACCAAAUCAGCUUCAAAGAGUUGUAAAAGUGUAA